UGUCUCUACCCCUAGUCUGACACAGGAACUGCUAUACUAUGUCACCCUGAGUUCCUUGGGGAAAAUAUGAGAUAUAAAUAUCAAUGCCAUUUCACCCAAAGACCAACGAUUUUCUUGGCAUUUAAGUCAUGGGCAGAUGGGCCACUACAUCCUAAAAUUAGCACAGCUUGAGAAGGUGCAGUACAACCCCCAACACUGUACAGGAGAAGGACUGAGGCUCAAAACUCAUCCUGGGAGUGAGAAUAGGGGGUUUUAGGCAAGCAUGCCCCUAUUUUCUGCACUGAAAAGGGGAAGAUUAUAGAACCUGAACCCAGAAAAUAAAUUCAAAAAUGGACCAGUUAAAUGUCCUGAAGAAUGGGUUGGCAACCUUCAUUCAUAGUGGGGCUUCCCUUUGAGUGUAUGUAGGUGCAGCGUUGCUGGGAGUAUGUGCAGGAUUGCGCCCUCUUGAAAAAAACAACACCGCAGUUAGGGAUCUCUGAUCAGGGAAAUGGAGGACAGCCUGGGGAAUGGAGCCAAUGGCAUAGCCUCCCAUCCCUCAUCAACCUCAUCCAUGUGCGCUGGAAAGGAUCAGACGCUGCCCAAAAGCCAAGCUAGCAUCGCUGGUGAGACCUGCGCCCCCGUUUUCUUCCCAGGACAGAAGCGCACGCCUCUCCCGCCGUUCUGGCGUAGCCCGAUUCUGUGCGCGCGUUUCCUCUAGUCCCACUUAAUCCAGUGGGGUUUGCAAGGAAGCGCGCCUAGGAUCGCAGCCUUGACAGCGGGAUCCUAUCCACCUUUUAGGCGGCAAGCCAGCCUGGCGGAGUUCUACGGGGGCUUCUUCCCAAGGAAGCGUGGACUCACAUCGCUGGCAACGGCCCCUUUUGGAGAACCCGAGCAGCGCCCUUUCCCGUUGGUCGACCGAGCCUUUUCCCGAGGCCGAUCCGCCGCCCCUUUUUUUCUUCUUAGCGCCGCCCUCUGUCGACUCUCCUCUCCUCUUCAUUUGAAGGACUUCCCCGGCUGAAGCUGCGCCGCCUUCAGAGACUGGCGAGAGCUGCGCAGCGGCGGCUCCUCGACGUUGUUGCUCGGCGGCGAUUGAGCAGCCGGGGGGUUGGUGCGGACCACCAGGCGGAGCCGGAUUGUUUUCUUUUACCCCGUUAGAAGAGAAGAAGAAGGGGGGAAUUCUACUGCAAACAAUAUUGUUUUGCAGUUUCGGAAGCAAAGGCUCUGUUGCUUUCGGUCUCCCAUCCCCAAAGGCGCAAGGCUGGGCUUCGAAGGCGCGCGUAAAAAAGUUGGAGCGAUUCUUUUCCCUACACCCUCGGAUUUGCCUUUUUUUAAACCCCCCCCCCAUUUCCGCCAGGAAACCGAACCGGAGGUCGGGGACGUACAAUGCGACCGCCGCUCCUCGCCUCUUGAUGCCCGAGGUUGCGGGGAGAAGGGGCGGCUGGGGCGAUUUCCCAAAGCGGCUCCAGCGGUAGCAGCGACAACAGCGGCGCUAAAGCGGAGACUGCGAAGCUCUCGGAUGUCGCCUCCCGCCUCUCUCCGCCUGCGGAUCGGCGGUGCUGGGCGCCUUCAGCGUCCCUCCUCGGAGGCUCAGCGGCUGCGGGCGGCGGCGGCGGCGAAGAAGGACUAAAGGAAGGAGGAGGGAUGCUGUGGAACGGGCCCCCCGGGCAGAGUGCUUUCCCCCAGGAGAUGUUUCUGAUGCUCGCCUUCUGCUUGGCUUCGCGGCGGACCCUGGCAGCGCCGACGCCGACCGCCGAGGAUAUUACGCUGGGAGUUGAUUGGCUGACAAAAUUUGGCUAUUUGCCCUCUCCAGACCCCAUCACGGGACAACUGCAGACACAAGAGGAGCUCACCAAAGCCAUCAUGGCCAUGCAGCAGUUUGGGGGCCUCAAGACGACGGGUCUUCUAGAUGAAGCCACGCUGAAAUUAAUGAAGACGCCUCGGUGCUCUCUCCCUGAUCUUGCUGAAUCAGAGAGGAGGAGAAAGAGGCACGCAGCGACGAAGUGGAACAAAAGGAACUUAUCUUGGAGAGUCCGAACGUUCCCCAAGGAGUCUCACCUGGGCCACGACACUGUCCGUGCCCUCAUGUACUAUGCCCUGAAGGUCUGGAGCGACAUCACACCACUGAAUUUUCACGAAGUGGCCGGCAACAACGCUGACAUCCAGAUUGACUUCUCCAAAACAGAUCACAACGACGGAUACCCUUUCGAUGGCCCCGGUGGCACGGUGGCCCAUGCUUUCUUCCCAGGAGAACACCACACCGCUGGAGACACUCACUUUGACGAUGACGAAUAUUGGACCUUCCGAUCCUCAGAUACCCACGGGAUGGACCUGUUUGCCGUGGCUGUCCACGAGUUUGGCCACGCUGUUGGCUUAACCCACAUCUCUGCCCUAGAGUCAAUCAUGAGGCCGUACUACCAGGGCCCCGUUGGGGACCCCUUGAAGUAUGAUCUGCCUUACGAAGACAAAGUCCGGAUAUGGCAGUUGUACGGGGUCAGGGAGUCUGUGUCCCCAACAGCCAAACCUGAAAUAUCAAAAACAGAUGACGGCCACCCCAUAUUGCCAGACUUGCCAGAGAACCGCUCCACUGUCCCGCUCAGGAGAGAUGUGCCCAACAGAUGCAGCACUCACUUUGAUGCAGUGGCUCAGAUCCGAGGGGAGGCCUUCUUUUUCAAAGGCAAAUACUUCUGGAGACUGACUCGCAACAAACACCUGGUCUCCCUCCAGCCAGCUCAGAUCCAUCGUUUCUGGCGGGGGCUGCCUUUGAAUCUGGACAGCUUGGAUGCCGUGUACGAGAGAACCCAUGACCACAAGAUCGUGUUCUUCAAAGGAGACAGAUACUGGGUGUUCAAAGACAAUAAUGUGGAGGAGGGUUACCCUCGGCCCAUCUCGGAUUUCGGCUUGCCGCUGGAAGGCAUCGACGCCGCAUUUUCCUGGGCCCAGAAUGACAAGACUUAUUUCUUUAAGGACAACCUCUACUGGUGCUACAAUGACCACGAGCGGAGGAUGGAUCCUGGCUACCCUUCAGAGACCAUGUUGUGGAAGGGGCUUCCCAGCCAGCUGGAUGAUGCCACGCGAUGGUCAGAUGGGGCAACCUACUUCUUCAAGGGCAAAGAAUACUGGAAAGUCAUGGACAGCAACCUGGAAGCAGAGCCCGGUUACCCACAAUCCAUUGCGAGAGACUGGCUGGUGUGCAGUGACAUGCAGGCGGAUGCGCCCGAGCCUGCCGAGAGCACCAGGACUGGGGUGCGUUCCAAGCAGGGGCACCAUGACAAGAGUAGGUCUGAAAGCGAGGUCUGCUCCUGUACGUCCUUCUCUCCCAGCCCGCCCUCGUCUCCCACAGCACUCAGACUCUGCAUAGGCCUCGCCUUCACCAGCUUUUGGACAGUGACAUUGGCUCAGAGAUCACUAUGACAGAGGGCAUAACAUGAACGAAAAGAUGCAGCAGUGAUUCAGGGAUACUAACCAAUGGGAUAAAUACACGACAAAGCAAAACGAAAACAAAUCACAGGAUGCAACACACUGUUAAAACGAGCGGCACGUUAACAUUCCUAGGAACGUGAUGGAAAAUGUUUCUGAUUCUCCAUGAGAAGUGAACAGUUGUUGUUUUUUCCUUUCUGGUUAUUUUUUUAAAAAUAUUGUUAUUUUAAAUUAAGGAACUCCAACAGCAGACUCCGUGGGGUUCUCACUCCCUCCCCCCUGCAAAAAAGAAAAGAAAAGAAUAAAGACUCUGACUCA